CCUCAGUACUACUGAAUACACCAAACCGAACACAAUGAGUCAGGUACCACGGAUACUUUGCUGUCUUCCCAUUUUGCUGCUGCUUUUGCGUACUGAUGAGGCAAAUGGCAAGGGUAUAUGCCUGUAUGUCAGUGAGAAAACAGCUACUUGGUUUCAUGCCCUGGCCAUCUGCAAAAAGCUCCACAUGUGCUUGGCCAAUCUGGACACCGAAAUUACCCUGAUCCAGAUGAAAAGUAAAAUUGGGCCCGACGAACAUGAGUACUGGUUUGGACUAAAUGCAUAUGAGAAGCCCAACUUCAGAUACGUUUCAAACAACAAGUCCAUUGAGUACGCCCCACACAAUUCGAAGCUAGUGAACAAUGAAGGAUGCGUUUUUGUUAAAGAACAGUACGACUUUUUCAAAUUUGAGUCAGCAAACUGUGACGAUCGCAGAAGAUUUAUCUGCACUAAAACUGAAGAAUGCGACGGAGUUACCUUUAAACAUGAACAGUCCAAGUGUGUUAUAACCGAAGAGCAAAGAGAUAUUGUGGCCUACUAACUUAUAGUUUACUGCAGGCAAAUAAAUAAAUUGUGUUUGCACAGAGAGCUUACAUUAUUUUAAUAA